AUGAGUGUCAAAAGUAAAAAUUCAGUUAAUAAAAAAGAUAAAAAGGGAAAAAAAGAAAAGAAGAAAAAAAUGGAGGAAUCAGAAGAUGAAAUUGAAAGCAGUGAAGAAGAACUAGAUUUGACUAAAGAAUGCCAUCCAAUCGGAUAUUACAUACAUGAUAGAGCCGAAAUGAUAAAUCAAAUGUUUUCAGUUAUAAAAGGAAAUAAAUUAAAGGCAAUGUUGCCCCCUAUUCUGAAGGAUUCUGAUCUGGAUCAGUUAAAACUAAAGUGUCUUGAUCAGCUGUUAGGUAUGUCUGAAAAAAGAAUCACAUGUAUCCUUGAGGGAGGUUUAUUAGAUACAUCUUCUGAAUCUGAGGUAGCUGAAUCUAAUGAAUAUGAUAGCGAUAAAAAUCAUAGAUCAUCAUCAGUUUCCAGUUCUGAUGGGUCUGAUGAUUCUCAUGAAUAUAACAGCAACAAUACUACAAAUAAGUAUAGAAAACGAAAAAAUGAAUCGGUUGAGUCGAAGACAAUAAAACAAGCCAAAACAAAUGAAGAAAAUGGUCCUGUUGAACAAGGGAAAACUUUAUUGGAAAUUUUAGAGCUUGAAAUGAGAGCAAGAGCAAUAAGAGCUUUAUUAAAACAGAGUGGUAGUGAUAAAGAAAAUGAACAAGGACAUGAAACGAUUAACCCUGACGACUUGAAAAAUGGCGUGAAAGAAACGACAGAUGAAAUUGUAGAUUUGACAGGAUGCGAAGAUGAAGAUUUGGCCACAUCUUCCAAAAAAGAGACUUUUGAAAACAAUGAUUUAGAUGAAAAAUUAGAACAAUCUAAAAAUAAUAAAAAAGUUAUUAAAACAGAAAAUGAUAAAUCAAAAAGACUACAAGCAGAAUUGGAACUAAGAAAUAAGUUGUUUAAAAGAAAAAUUUACAGAACAAGACAGCAAAGAAUGGAAAAUGAAGAAGAAAAAAUUAAUGAAAAUAGCGAUGAAAAUAGUGAAAUUAAAAAAAAAGAAAUUGAAUGUCCUAGUGUAAAAAUUAAAGAAGAACCUGUUGAAGUAACUGAAAUAUUAGUAGAAGAUCCUGAGGAAGGAGAAAUAAGUACUAGUGAGGAUGAGUAUCCUGUUGAAAUUAAACAAGAAAAAUUGCAGCCAGAAAGUUUUGAAAUGUUAGAGCAGCAGAACAGUUUCGAAUCGAAAAUAGAUGAAAAUUCAGAAAGAGUAACUGCUAUAGAUAAUGGUACUUUUGUUAAUAAUUGUAAUUUAGAAUAUCCACCAGAAAUUGUUCAAGAAAAUGUUGAGGGUGAUAAGUCAGAAGAAGUUUUAACAACGACCUCAGAUGUAGUUUCCCAAAAUAAUAACAAAGAAACUGAUUCUAAAAAUCCUGAUGAUUGUACACCUAACAAAGAAGAAAAUACUGAAUCUGAAAGUGUUCCAGAAGAAACGUCCUGGCGUCAUCGAUGGCUUCAAAAAGAUGGUGUCCAAAAAUUGGUAAAAUCAAGUAAAAUAUUUGCCAAAGUUAAAAAACGUAUAGCCGAAAAAAGUCACAAAGCAAAAGAAGAAACUAUUACUACUCAAGAAAUUAAUUCUUGUAAAAAUAAUAAUAAAGUAGAGGUCAUCGAAGGUAGUAUUGAGGAAUAUGAAAAACUUUUAGGUAAAACUCAAGAACAAAAAAAAGAUUCAUCUGUUACUUAA